CUCCGAGCGGCCUAGAGGGGCGCUGGCCGCGCGCGCGCACUUCCGCGUCGGCUUUUAGCUACCAGCUUUUCGGGGGUCGGAGUGAAAGAGUGAGGGUUCCAGCGGGUUCUACGUGCCAGGUCCGCUCCGUGCUGGCAUCUUCGCCUUCCCCGGCGCGUCGUCAGCACUCCCGCCCCUGCACUCGGUCCCCGUGGUGGCUCGUCCCUCCCUGACCUGGGGCUCUGGCGUCUGGGCCUCGCGGAAGCCGCCCGCGGUGGCUGCGGGGACUUCCAGAGCCCUGGUCCAACCCCCGGCCCACGGAAGCGGGAUCCUCUUUCCCACCGCACAGAAUUGGCGCCUCAGCCUCCUGCACGGGGUGCUGGCGUUUCCGUGCUUGGGUUCCUCUGCUUCCCUGGUCUCGGUCGGCAUCACCCAUCGGAACACUAUUUACUCCUAAUCCGCAGCCAGCCACCCACGUCCCUCCUCUCCACAGGCAUCUUUCUUGGGGGCGUUAAUGUCAUGGUCCCUAUAAGAGCUUUUUAAGCUUCCAAGGUUCUUGCUUUUCCAAGUGCUGAAGACAGUGCACGAAGGCAGGGGACAUCGGCCAUGCUCCAAACAACUUGGCUUCAGGAGCCAGUGACCUUUGAGGAUGUGGCUGUGCACUUCACGCAGAAUCAGUGGGCCAGCCUGGACCCCGCACAGAGGGCCCUGUACCGGGAGGUGAUGCUGGAGACGUACGCAAACGUGGCUGCCCUGGUUGCAUUUCCGGUCCCCAAACCUGCUCUGAUUGCCCAGCUGGAGAGAGGGGAAGCCCCCUGGGGCCCUGACCCCUGGGCAGCAGAGGUGUGGAGUUGCAUCUGUCCAGGCGGUGAGUCCCGCAUCAAGGACGACAACGAUGAGCCAGCGGUAAAGCGGGAAGCCCCCGCAGAGACAGAGCGGCCACGGCGGCCGGGAGGAGGGCUUCUCAGAGAGAUUCCCGAGCCCCUCGGUUUUAAAAGCAAGGCCCCGUGGCAGCCUUCCGGCCCGAACCCGAACCUGAUCCUGCGGGGGGGCAUGAAGUUCUACCGGUGCGGCGUGUGCGGGAAGCUCUUCCGGUACAACUCGAAGCUCGUUCGGCACCAGAUGAGUCACACGGGGGAGAAGCCCUUCAAGUGCAGGGAGUGCGGCAAGGCCUUCAAGUCCAGCUACGACUGCACGGUGCACGAGAAGAACCACGCCGGGGCGGGGCCCUACGAGUGUAAGCAGUGCGGCAAGGGGCUGAGCUCCAACACGGCCCUGACGCAGCACCAGAGGAUCCACACGGGGGAGAAGCCCUACGAGUGCAGGGAGUGCGGCAAGGCCUUCCGCAGGAGCGCGGCCUACCUGCAGCACCAGCGGCUGCACACCGGGGAGAAGCUGUACACGUGCAAGGAGUGCUGGAAGGCCUUCGGCUGCAGGUCGCUCUUCGUCGUCCACCAGAGGAUCCACACCGGGGAGAAGCCCUUCCAGUGCCAGGAGUGCGGCAAGGCGUUCACACAGAAGAUAGCCUCCAUCCAGCAUCAGAGGGUCCACACCGGCGAGAGGCCCUACGGGUGCAAGGUGUGUGGGAAGGCCUUCAAGUGGUACGGUAGCUUCGUUCAGCAUCAGAAGUCGCACCCGGAGGAGAGGAAGCCGGUCCCCACGAGUCCCCGGUGCCCCGCUUCAGCCCCGUUGCCAGGCCCCCUCCGGAGUCUCUGCCCGGCUCCGGCCGUGGCCGUGCCUUCGCUGACCUUUCCGCAGGCCGUGCUCCUUCCUACCUCCGGGCCUCUGUUCGUGCUGCUGCCCGCGUCUGCAGUGCCUUCGCCGCCUGUGCAGAUGGUGCGCGUCUUCCAGGGCCCCGCUGCCGUCGCCAGGCCUUUCCCGGUUCGGCUCACCCCCUCCCAGCCCCCGUGAGCUUCACCUUGCCGCGCCCGCGGCUCUCACGCCCAGCACAUCUCCCACCUAACUGGAGUUGCACUUGUAGUUUUUUCCCCUCACUUUAUGUGUGUUUCGACUGCUUCAGCAUACACUCCACUGUGAUCUGUAUAUUC